GCGAAAGUAGUGCCAAAGAGGAGGACUGAUGUGUUGUUGGAUUUCUCGGCAGCAUAUUAUACUUUCACGGUGAAAAUGGACACGUUGAAUAAACUAAAACACUUUGAUGCAUACCCCAAAACCCUAGAGGAUUUCAGAGUCAAAACAUGGGGCGGGGCAACGGUGACCCUCAUCAGUGGUCUGAUCAUGUUAAUCCUUUUCUUCUCUGAGCUGCAGUACUAUCUUACUAAAGAGGUCCAUCCAGAGCUGUAUGUUGACACAUCGCGUGGAGACAAACUCAAAAUCAACAUCGAUGUCAUCUUCCCUCACAUGCCCUGUGCCUAUUUGAGUAUCGAUGCCAUGGACGUGGCUGGAGAGCAGCAGUUGGAUGUCGAGCACAACCUGUUUAAACAGAGGCUGGACAAGGACUUCAAACCUGUCACCUCUGAAGCAGAGAAACAUGAACUUGGUAAGAAUGAUGAUGGUGAAGUGUUUGAUCCCAGUAAGUUGGACCCAGACAGAUGUGAGAGCUGCUAUGGAGCUGAGACUGAUGACCUCAAGUGUUGUAACAGCUGUGAUGACGUGCGGGAAGCGUAUCGCAGACGAGGCUGGGCAUUCAAGAAUGCUGACACCAUUGAACAGUGUAAGAGAGAAGGCUUUACACAGAAGAUGCAGGAGCAGAAGAAUGAAGGCUGUCAGGUUUAUGGGUUCCUGGAGGUCAACAAGGUGGCAGGAAAUUUCCACUUUGCUCCAGGAAAAAGCUUCCAGCAAUCUCAUGUCCAUGUCCACGAUUUGCAGAGUUUUGGCCUCGACAAUAUCAACAUGACCCAUCUCGUAAAACACCUGUCAUUUGGUAAAGACUACCCUGGCAUCGUAAACCCUUUGGAUGGGACAGAUGUCACAGCACCACAAGCAUCAAUGAUGUACCAGUAUUUUGUGAAAAUAGUCCCUACCAUCUAUGUGAAAGCAGAUGGGGAGGUGGUAAAAACCAACCAGUUCUCAGUGACCAGGCAUGAGAAAGUAGCCAACGGACUGAUAGGAGACCAAGGCCUACCCGGUGUUUUUGUUUUAUACGAGUUGUCACCCAUGAUGGUCAAAUUUACAGAAAAACAGAGAUCAUUCACACAUUUUUUAACAGGAGUGUGUGCCAUUAUAGGAGGUGUAUUUACAGUGGGCGGUCUGAUCGACUCACUCAUCUACCACUCAGCCAGGGCCAUCCAGAAGAAAAUAGAGCUGGGCAAGGCCUCCUAACAGCGCCUCCUGCUGGCCCCAACGGUGCAACACACACAGACACGGAAACACAGACUGACAGGAUGAGUUUAAUAGGUAGAAAGAGGGAAGGGUGGAAGUAGAGACGAGCAGACAGAGAGUAGAGUUGCGAAUCUUGCGGCUGAAAUCUGACAUCUCGGCUUCCACCUCUCUCUCCAUUCCACUCGGCAGACAGAGAGAGAAAAAGACCAGGGGCAGAGAGAGGGGGAGCACUAAAGAGAAACUUCUGGGGCUGCGAUUUUACAAACAUAAGGGUUUUCCCUCCCUAAUUUCUUAUAGAGGCCAAUGAAAUGUAGUCACUGCUAGGAAUCAACUUAAGACUGUUGAUGUGAGAACUGUUCUGCCAGUCUCCGACAGCUCCUCCUUGGGAAAACAUGGGAAGAGACAUCAAACUUACUCAUCCGCUCUACAUCCUGUUUGCUUCCUGAUUCAGCAUAGAGCAACACUGGGAAGUGUAUGCAGACGGCUUUUAUGUCCACUGCUCCUAGAAGGUUCAGCCAGAGCUCAUCUGUCUGGAAAUAUUACAUCACUGGAGGAAUGAGCUAGCCUGGAGGCAUUUAUAAGACCUCCAGGGAGCUAUUUCAUUCUGCCCGGAAAAAAAGAAUCAGCGCUUACUCUUAAGAAAUCACUAACCUAUUUCUUUUAUUAAUAAUGAAAAAGAGAGACUAGGCAAAUUAACAUUUGCCAAUUGUCUUUUUUUGUAUUUUGUUGGAUUUAAUUUCCAGCUGUUAGAGGGAUUUUUUUCCCUUAACUCUGCAGGCUGGGUGGAAUUGAACUUGUUGCUUGGCAGCAUUAAGGUCAUUAAACACUGGAAACUUGUGGAACUUCCAGUGAUUCCGGUGGUGCAACUAUUUUAGACAGAUGGCUCUGGUCUUUGCCUUGCUCACAGCUAAUCCACCCAACAUUAAUUGGGUAGAUUAGCUGAUUGGUCAAUUAAGAUAACAAGGAAAAGGACUUUUUUUUUAAGUUCUCAGAAAAUGUCUCUCCAGGCACCCGGUAUUUAAAACCAAUUCGGUGACUAUGCCGACUGUUGUGUGGGUUCCAACAACAACACUAAUCUUCUUAUUGGAGUGUUACAUUACCAGCCUUGCACUGGCGGGGGAUGGGAUUGUCACAAGAGCGUAACACCGCCAAUAGCUUUAGACAGUGGUCCUUUUUGGAUAUUCUAGACACCCGUUUUAAUCCUGUAGUGACUCACUGUUGAGUCACCACAUACUCAUUAUUUUACAAGAUCUGAAUACUUAACAAAAAGUACAGGGUUUUGACUUAAACCGAGCCAACAGGAAGCUCAUAACCCCACUACACAAAAAUGUGUGUGUGUGUUUUUUUCUAUUCCUGACUCACGUGUUGAAUCUUCAUAUGAGACCCAGAUGUUUCUACUAUUCUGAUCAUAGAGUAGUAGAAACCAGUACCCCACAAUUAUUUUCAUAUGGCUUCAACUGUUCUUCUACUGAAGACAGACAGACGGACUGAUGUACUUUGACAGAUGGGGUCAGAGUGGAGUCAGGUUAUUGGGUGAAAUACUUUCCUCAAGACCCAGAUCCCAAAUCAGCGUUUCGAUGCAAAAUUAAUUGGGCAACUCUUUGCAUCUUUUGCCAAAAACAGAAAAGUAUUUAAACUUGAAGUGUUAGUGUGACAUGGAUGCAAAGAUGGCAUUUUGAUGGACAACAUGGUGUAUUUUGUGCACAUUGUUUGUGAAAAGGUGGUGAUGCAGUUUGAUUAUGACUGUUUCUGAUGUGGUCACCCGGUCAUUGCACCUUCACACUAAAACACUGAAAUCAGGAGUUGGGGAUAUGUGUGUGCAUGUGUUGUAAGCGUGUUACUGAGUGAACGUGUGUGUGUGUGUGUGUGUGUGUGUGUGUGUGUGUGUGUGUGUGUGUGUGUGUUCUGAUGCUGUGGAUGACUUGUGUGUAAGAGGAAAUGUAUUUAUAUUUUGAUUGUCCUCAAACUGUUUUUAAAAUGACAAAAUAAAUGUUAAAAACACCAG